AUGUCCUCUCCAGCCAUAGGCCAGCCUCCUAUCCCUCCCACCCCUACUGAUGCCAACAUCAGCGGCAAAACCGUCAUCGUCACCGGUGGUAACUCUGGCUUAGGCUAUGAAGCUGCAAGACAAUUCCUCACUUUAGGCGCUUCUCGCAUGAUAUUGGCAUGCCGCUCCAUUGCGAGAGGGCAAGAGGCUGCCUCGGCUCUCCGUGCUCAUCCUACCGUCAAAGAGACCAAUCCCAAUGCCGUUAUCGAUGCCUUUGAGCUCGAUCUCGACGAUUAUUAUUCUGGACUUUGCUUUUCGAAUAGGGUCAAUGCUGAAGUCAAAGAGCUCGAUAUACUCCUGAACAAUGGCGGACAGGUGGUGAUGGGUUAUGAGAAAAGCAAAAGUGGUCAUGAGAGGAGCAUGCAAGUCAAUUGCUACACUCACCUUCUCAUCUCCCUCGAGCUAUUUCCUCUCCUGCGGUCGACCUCUGCAGCCAGAGGAGUGCCAUCCCGCAUCACAUUCACAGGAUCCGCCACCCAAAUCAUGCAGAACACCCUGAGCAAACAGCCUAUAUCUUCGGAAAGCACAGUACUCGGGCAUUUCGAUGACGAAGCCAACUUCAACAAGCUCUAUCGUUACGCAGAUUCCAAGACGGUCGUCAACGCCUACGUCCGCCGCCUGGCUGCUUUGGCGCCAUCCGAAGUUAUAGUUAAUAACGCUUGUCCUGGGCUUGUACAAACUGGCAUAGACAAGAACCUGCCCUUCUAUCUCAAGCUGCCCAUGGGGCUUCUCCGCAAGUCUACGGGCCGCACAGUCGAAGAGGGCGCUCGCACGCUGAUCUAUGUAGCGGUCGUUGCGGGGACUGAGACGAACGGCAAGUUUUUGCAGCAUAAUCAGGUUGACCCUCUCGCAUCAACCUAUACUUUUGCUUUCCCGUGUUAUAUGGAGAGGAGGCCUCCCGAGUGCUUCUCAGUUUCAUUGGAACACGGAAGCAAGGCGCAAGAGUCGCUUCUCGCUUGGAAUACAAGCAUUCUCAGAUCCUUCCACGGCGGCGGUUCAGCCUGGCGCAACACCUUCAACUUGGCCCUCACUAUUUAG